AUGCGCUCGCCGAGGAGGACAACGAACGAGGAAACGAUGAUCCACCGGGCGCUGGAAGCGUUGGACGUGAGAGACGAUUUGAACGCUCGGAGUGGUGGCAAUACAUCUACUACUACUACUACUAUCCAAAGCACCAGAGGAAGAGGAAGAGGAGAAGGAUUGGACGACGACGACGACGAAUCUUUCCUCGUCGUCAAAACGUCUCCAAACGCAAACGGAGGCGAGAAGAAUAAGAUUCGCGUGGAGAAACAGAGACAAAGUUUCCUCUCGCGCGUCGCCGGGGCGAAGAAAAGUGAGAUGAAUGAGAAGAAGAACGAGAAGAGGAAAGAAGUAAUAGAAGAAGAAGACGAAGAAGCGGAAAUCUGUGCAGACGCGGCGACCGCCGCCGCCGCCUCCACCUCCUCCUCCUCCUCCUCCUGGGUUGGGAUAUCGCAAAAAGUCAAAAACCAACUGCGAGAGGUGGAGCGCAAGUUUGGCGGCGGCGGCGGUGGUGGUGGCGGUGGUGGCGUUGGAUUCGGUAGUGGUGGUGGGUUUGGCGGUAACGGACAAAAAGUAACAGAUAAGAGCGACAGAGCGACGGUGGAGCAAGCGCUCGAUCCGCGAACUCGAAUGAUUUUGUUCAAAAUGUUGUCGAGAGAAAUAUUUUCUGAGAUUAACGGGUGCGUGUCCACCGGGAAAGAAGCGAACGUGUACCACGCCGUGCGCGUCAUAGAAGUAGAAGAAGAAGAAGGAGAAGAAGAAGAAAAAGAAGACGAGAAACGAGAAAGGAAAGAAGGAGAAGAUAGUAAUAGCGAAAGUAGAGAUAGAAAGGAUGAAACGACGAUGACGACGACGACGACAAAUGAAAAGGAGGAGGAGGAGGAGGAGGAGGAGGAGAAGAAGGAGGAGAAGAAGAAUGUAAUCCAAAUGCGACAACAUUUGGCGGUAAAAGUCUACAAAACUUCGAUACUCGUUUUUAAAGAUAGAGAUCGGUAUGUUUCUGGAGAUUGGAGAUGGAGAAACGGAUACGCGCGAAAAAACCCGCGAAAAAUGGUCAAGACGUGGGCGGAAAAAGAAAUGCGCAACUAUAACCGGCUAAGAGAAAAAGGAUUACGCGUUCCAAAAGUCAUAUGUCUGAAAUCGCACGUUUUAGUCAUGGAAAUGAUUGGCGAUUCGGAAGGAAGAGCCGCACCAAGAUUAAAAGACGCGGCGUCUUCGUUGAGCAGUAAGAAGAUGCGUUCGUUAUUCGAGCAGCUUUUGAAAGACGUUCGAACGAUGUACCAGGAUUGUAAGCUCGUUCACGCGGACUUCUCGGAGUAUAACUUGCUCUAUCACAACGGGAACGCGUGGAUUAUCGAUGUUUCGCAAUCCGUCGACCUCGAUCAUCCCAGAUGUUUAGAAUUCUUACGAGAAGACUUGCUGCAUUUGAAACAAUUCUUCUCGAAUCGAGCGUAUGAUGUUGUCGUUCCGUCGGUGAAGGAAAUGUUUGACUUCGUGACGGAUCCCGCGAUAAACGGUUCAAACAUUGAUCAAUGCUUAGAACUGUUGUCGGAAAAAGCGGCGAAGGAUUUUAAAUUAGAAAUUGAGAUGAAAUCGAGGCUCAGCCAAGGCAUCGACUCGGCACAGAUACAAAAAGAUGACGAUUUAAGAGCAGAAAAAGAAAUUCAAGCUGCCGUAUUUCAUCAAGCGCACAUCCCAAAAGCGCUCGAAGAGGUAGAUUAUGCAGAUAAAGAUCAAAGACGGCUGCGCGAGGCGAGCGAAGCCAAGGAUGAGAAACGCUCCGAAGGCAUUUAUUAUCAGACUAUCACGGGAAUGAAUCACGAUUUGAGCGGUCCGCGCGAGAUGCCGAGUUUAAUGCUGCUGAAGAAGGAAGAUAAGGCGGCGAUGAAGAAAGAGGCGAAGAAAAAAACGAAAAAGCAAGGGUUGGAAAAAGAAGAAGAGGUAGAAGGAGAAGAAAAAGUUGAAAACACGACGACGCCAGGAACAGUGAAAGUAUCGCAAAAUGAAAAAGCGACGGCGAGAGAAAACGAACACGAUCGCGCGAGCGAUUCAACUUUCAGUAGCGACGACGACGACGACGAUGGAGAAAGCGCUUCUUCGUCUGAGGAGAAGAAGGAAACAGCACAAGAAAGAUGUCAAAGCAGCAAAAUCGCAGAAAAGAGCCGAGAAAAUAAAGAAAAAGGACAAGAAGAAGGCCAUUAA